AUGGCUAGCACCACCUACCCCGUCCUCCCGGAGAAGCUGCUCCUCAUCUCGCUGAAGAUGUACUUCAGCCCAGAGCGCACCCUCGAGUACCUACGCGGGCUCCUCGACCCAGCCAACGAGAUCGUGCGCCCUGAGAACCGCGAGCGCCUCCUACUAGCCUUGAUCCCCGACUUCCUCACCGUGUAUCCCUGCGCGGAGAUCAUCGAGAACUACGAAGCCCAAUUGCCCGCCUCAGCGACGUCCGGCCCAGCCCCGUUCCUGCUCGGCGCACAAGACUGCAUGUGGGAAGCGGCGGGCGCAUACACAGGCGAAGUAUCGCCAGCCUCCAUCCGCGCCCUGGGCUGCUCAAUCGUCGAGCUGGGCCACGCCGAGCGUCGCGCCAUCUUCGGCGAGACGGACGAUCAGACCGCGCGCAAGGCCGCCGCCACCGUCGCCCAGGGGAUGGUGCCCCUCGUCUGUGUCGGCGAGGUGACGGCGCCUGGACCCGUCGCGUCCGAGGCCGUCGGACAGGCUGUGACCGAAUGCGCGGUGCUCAUCCGCGCCGUGCUGGGGUCCAUCCCCGCCGACGCGCCGGUCAUCUUCGCCUACGAGCCCGUGUGGGCAAUUGGCAAGCCCAAGCCUGCGAGCGUCGACCAUGUCGCGGCUGUGGUGCAGGGCAUUCGCGCGGUCAUCGGUUCCAGGCCCGGCGCGGCGCGUGUUCUAUACGGCGGCAGCGCCGGUCCCGGUCUCUGGGGUGCAGGUGGCCUGGGCAAGGCUGUUGAUGGCAUGUUCCUUGGCCGCUUCGCGCAUGAGAUUGAGGGCGUGCGCAAGGUCGUCCGCGAGGUGGAGGAGACGCUCGGCGUUGCGCCUUGA